AUGUUUGUCUACAGAGAUUUGGAAGGAGCUGCCCUAAGAAGAGUUUUGAAGAAACAUUUGUACUUCGAUAAAAAGGAGUGCCCGCAAUCUCGUAUACGCUACGAAGCUUGUCUUCCCUCUUAUUAUGGGGUAGGUUGUCGCUUUAUACGUCUGCAACGUGCACCACCGCUUGGAUUCAAAUGUUCACCCAUGCCCAUUAGUCUAAGAGCGGCUCGUGCUAUCAGUGAUAAUUUGGCAAAAUUAGCCAAAAUCGAAGCUAAUCUUGAGAAGCAAAAUGGAAGUAGCACUCCUCAAAAGGAAAAGUCAAAAAUUCAAAACAACAGGAAGAAGUAA